GGCGCACUUCGUCAUACACAUUUCUGCCAUGGAAACCGAUUCAAAUGAUGUUGGUUUCAGUGCUUCUUCUGCAAUUUCCCAGCCCGUUGAUGUUCAAACAAUGCACCUUUCACCUGGAUCCACUAUGUAUUGGACACCCGAGUGUGAUCCCGCUGUCAAACUGUGUGUUGGUAUGUUUUUCAACAACCUGCGUGAAGCUAAGGUAUUUUAUGAUGAUUAUGCAUCAGUGUGUGGUUUUGAAACACGUAUUUUUAGUUCAUCAAAGGCUCCUGAUGGUGUUAUUGUUUGGAGAUAUUUGGUAUGUAAUAGGGAGGGAUUCAAAAAUGUAUCUAAAUCCCGCAAGGAUGCAUCUAACAACGAUCGUUGCAAAACCACACAUAACAACUCUGGUUGCAUUAAUGAAGAUGCAGAUAAUGAGUUAAAUCAUGAAAAUGAGUCAUCAGAAUCCGAAGGAGGUGAAAUUGAUGGGCAACCUUCUCGUCAAGAUUUAAAAACUCUUGCCCUCUGUGUUGAUGAUGAUAAAAAGAGACGUCGAGUUUCCAAUAGGAUUGGAUGUAAAGCACGUUUAGUGCUUAGGCUUGC